CGGGAAGCGGGGCCGGGCCCAGCCGAAGGCUGAGCCAGCUGCUGGGGUAGCACACAGAGAAGGGAGUCCACUGGGGGCGAAGAAAGCCCUGUCCAGCAUUACCCGGGUAAUCCCGGGGCUGCGCAUGCGCAGAAUUCCGGGGGCGGAGUCUGAGGCGGAGCCGCAUCCAAAGUCCCGCCCCUGCUCCUGACAGACCUUUCAGGACUCCUCCCUUCUGUGCAGACCGUCCUUCGGGAAGAAGUUCCUUGGGCCUGAGAUCUCCUCCCAGCAUUCAUCUGGGCCCGCCUCCUCCAGGAGGCUGGGGGGUCCCUCAGGGCCCUCUGGCCGCCUCCUAAUUAGUCCUCAGGGAAGUGUCGGCCUGAAGCCAGUUUCCUCUCCUGAGGGGAGGUGACCUCUCCUUGCGACCCUGCCCCCGUCCUGGGCUCCUACUCAUGCGCCUCCUUUGCCCCCCAGGAUCUCGGCUCCGCGGUGUCCCCGAGGAGGAGGCGAUGGCCCCGGGAGUGAUCGCCAGGGUUGGUCAGGAAUCAGUGACAUUCAAGGAUGUGGCUGUAGAAUUUACUUUGGAGGAGUGGAUACACUUGAACACAUCUCAGAAGAAGUUGUACAGAGAUGUGAUGCUGGAGAAUUAUAAGAACUUGGUCUCUUUGGGUUUUGCUGUUUCCAAACCAGAGGUGAUCUACAGAAUGGAAAGAAAGGAAGCAUCUUGGAUGCCAGAGACACAUAUUCCAAGAAGCAACGGUUCAGAGAGAAAGAAAUUUACUGGAGAAAAACCUUUUGAAUGUAAAGAAUGUGGGAAGGCCUUCUAUUUUAACUCAGAAUGUAAUCGACAUCAGAGAAUUCAUACUGGAGAGAAACCUUACAAAUGUAAUGAAUGUGGGAAAGCCUUCCGCCUUACUGUGCAACUUAAUGUACAUAAAAGAAUUCAUACUAGAGAGAAACAUUAUGAAUGUAAUGAAUGUGGGAAGAGCUUAAGUAGCAAUACAUCACUUAAGGCACAUAAGAAAAUUCAUACUGGAGAGAUGCCUUAUGAAUGUAAGGAGUGUGGGAAGGCCUUCAGACAGAGGAUACAGCUUAUUCAGCAUCAGACAAUUCAUACCGGAGAGAAGCCUUAUAAAUGUGAUGAAUGUGGGAAGAUCUUAAGUAGCAACACAUCACUUAAGGCACAUAAGAAAAUUCAUACUGGAGAGAUGCCUUAUGAAUGUAAGGAGUGUGGGAAGGCCUUCAGACAGAGGAUACAGCUUAUUCAGCACAAGACAAUUCAUACUGGAGAGAAGCCUUAUAAAUGUGAUGAAUGUGGGAAGAUCUUAAGUAGCAGUACAUCUCUUAAGGCACAUAAGAAAAUUCAUACUGGAGAGAUGCCUUAUGAAUGUAAGGAGUGUGGAAAGGCCUUCUAUUUCAACUCAGAACGCAAUCGACAUCAGAGAAUUCAUACUGGAGAGAAACCUUAUAAAUGUAAUGAAUGUGGGAAAGCCUUCCGCCUUACUGUACAACUUACUCGACAUAAAAGAAUUCAUACUGGAGAGAAACCUUAUGAAUGUAAUGAAUGUGGGAAAGCCUUCCUUCGGAAUUCAGAUUUUAUGCGAAUCAGAGUAUUCACACUGGAGAGAAACCUUAUGAAUGUAAUGAAUGUUGGAAGGCCUUCUGUCAUAUUGCUGAACUUACUCAACAUAAGAGGAUUCAUACUGGAGAAAAACCUUACAAAUGUAAGGAAUGUGGCAGGACCUUCAGACUCAAGACACAGCUUACUCAGCACCAGAGAAUUCAUACUGGAGAGAAGCCUUAUAAAUGUGAUGAAUGUGGGAAGGCCUUUAGACUGGGAAAACAAUUUAUUCAACAUCAGAGAAUACACACUGGAGAGAAGCCUUAUGAAUGUGAUCAUUGUGGAGAAGCCUUCAGACUGAGGCCACAGCUUACUCAGCAUCAGAAAUUUCAUCAUGGAGAAAAACCAUUUGUAUGUAAUGAUUGUGGGAAA